AUGGACAACUUGUCUGAUUUUAAAUUGUUUAUUUAUUCUGGACUGCAGGGAUCUGUUUAUAAGCCUUUGUACUUCUUGUUGGCAUUUGUCCUUUAUAUCCUAAUCAUUACAGUCAACUUAACUUUGAUCUUAACAGUGAUCAUGGAAAAAAACCUCCAUGAGCCCAUGUAUAUUUUCCUCUCUAAUCUAUGUGUGAAUAGCCUUUUCGGAACUAUUGGUUUUUACCCUAAAUUUUUGCUGGACUUGCUAUCUGAUACUCACACAGUAACCUACAGUUGGUGCUUACUACAAGUUUAUGUGAUUUAUUCCUCUGUCCUUUCAGUGUCUGAUGUACUGUAUGGCUGGGAGGGGUCAGAAAAGCUUUCAGUUAGUGAACGCAAUGCAUUGGCUAUACAGUUUUUGAUUUUUCCUCCACUAUUGAAUCCAAUAAUUUAUGGGCUUCAACUUCCACAGAUCCGAAAAGUAGUGUGCAGACAACGUUGUAAACACAAAAUUCUGUGUAAACUCAAGAGAUGA